AUGGCUGGUGCAAUCGAAGACAACGCAGUGUUAUACAAAAAAAAGCCCUUCACUUAUGUGCCACCGUCACCACCUGCUGAGCUCAUCGAAACAACAAGCUACACACUCGACUUUGCUUCCCGUAAGUUUGUGCACAUCGGUAUUGACCCGACUGAAAAAUUCAAAAUUGUGUUACACAUUAUAACAUCAUCGCGUUACGUGCAUAUUACUCCGGAUUGUUUAAAAACAAUAUUUUCGUAUAUGGGACGUAUCUUUUCUACUGAACCGCAAACGUAUAAGAGAAUAACAUUUUAUGAAGACUUGAAGAUAAAACUAUCGAAUAUGAUGUAUAGCGGAGAAAACGUGUUAGUGAUAGAAUCAAAAACUCGAGACGGGUGCAGAGUACUGCUGAAUCUGGCGGACCUUAUGCGUCUUCAAUAUCUUGAAUGUUGUAUUUUCGAAAGUAUUAUCCGGAAAGAAGUAUUCACCGCACCAUUAAUUAUAAAACAGUAUGAGGAGUUCGCGACUUACGUAGAUGAGAAAUGUGUCCUUCAUAAAUCGCCACCGAAAAAUAUCGAUGAGAUGAGAAUAUUCAUUCAAAACAUGCAAGACGAUCGAACGGUUGAAUCUUCGCCGAACUUCACUAGUCAAAUACAAAUGUGCGCAGCUGUACAACUAGCAGAAUCUUUACUAAAUCUGGAAGCAUACAACACACAUGAUGUAAUUGACGGGCCAUGGAUACCGGAUCAAGUCUGGACACCAUCACCAUUUCAAACGACUUACGCUCAACACCCAACACCAAUUCGCUGUGUACAACGUCAAUUAUUUUAA